AUGUCUUCUACCGACGACGUCAAGCAGGCUCGCAGCCGCGUCUUUUUCGACAUCACCAUCGGCGGGAAGGCAGCCGGCCGCAUUGUUUUCGAGCUUUAUAAUGACAUUGUCCCUAAGACGGCCGAGAACUUCCGCGCUUUGUGCACCGGCGAGAAGGGUGUUGGCAAGUUGGGCAAGCCGCUACACUACAAGGGUUCCACGUUCCACCGUGUCAUCAAGCAGUUUAUGAUCCAGGGUGGUGACUUCACCGCUGGAAACGGCACUGGUGGCGAGUCCAUCUACGGCGCAAAGUUCGAGGACGAAAAUUUCCAGUUGAAGCACGACCGUCCAUUCCUCCUAUCCAUGGCCAACGCUGGACCCGGUACCAACGGCUCUCAGUUCUUCGUCACCACCGUUCCUACCCCACAUCUCGAUGGCAAACACGUCGUCUUUGGCGAGGUGCUGAGCGGCAAGUCAGUCGUCAGACAAAUUGAGAACCUGAAGACCCAGGGCGACAAGCCGACCAAGGACGCCGUCAUUGCCGACUGCGGCGAGCUUAGUGGCGACGCUGCUGUGAGCGCUGACACAAAGACUGCCGACGCCUACGGCGACGAAUACGAGGACUUCCCCGAGGACGAAGCCACUGACGGCCAGCCUCUCUCUGCCUCCAAGAUCCUCAAGAUUGCGACAGACUGCAAGGACUUUGGUAACAAGGCUUUCAAGGCCGGCGACCUCCCUGUGGCCCUCGACAAAUACCAGAAGGGUCUGCGCUAUCUGAACGAGGAUCCCGAGCUUGACAAUGAGCCGGCUGACACAAAGCAAAAGCUGGACGCCCUGCGCGUCUCGCUGAACAGCAAUGCGGCUCUCAUGAACAUGAAGCUGAGCGCUUGGGACGAGUGCAUUCGCAGCGCCGACAGCGCACUUGCUGUUGCCACUAUCUCAGACAAGGACAGGGCCAAGGCUCUAUACCGUAGGGGUUACGCCCAGGUGCGCAUCAAGGACGAGGACAGCGCCCUGACGAGUCUGGAGGAGGCCAAGAAGCUAGCGCCUGAAGAUGGCGCCAUUGUUAACGAGCUGGCCGCUGUCAAGAAGGCUGCCGCGGCUAGAAUGGCGAAGGAAAAGGCUGCCUACAAAAAGUUCUUCUCCUGA